AGCCACUCAUGGGAACAGCUAUGUGUCCACGUGUGUAAAGAAGCGAGAACUGUGCAUAGCUAUGCAUAACGUAUAAGCCACUCCCCUUGCCAAGCCCCCCUGUUUAUAUUUUGCGUUAACGCACUGCUAAUCAUGUGCGCUAAGGACAGGCUUAUAUUAGACAGUGUUAUACAAAUAUAGCAUUUGCUACAAUAGAAGAGGAGAAAUGGUGAUGACAUCUAGUUCUUCUAAAUUUGGGCUCAAUGACAAACGUUAGGUAACACAACUAUUCUUGCCAACAGGGUCCUCUUAAAUGUAUUAACACACGAGGGCGCCAUUGCCUUUCAGGCCCCCAAACCUUACAUUUGGUGUAUCAUCAUUUAUAUGACAGUUAAUUUUGUUUCAUACGUCGACAAGAGUGUUUAAAAUAUAACGAAACACUGAAAAGUAUAAGUUAAAUAUAUAAGUAAAAUAGUCUUUUUUUAAUACUUGUUUUGUCUUAUUUAUUAAUGUCAUAUUAAGUGGGUGGCUCAGUGGGUAUUACUUUUAAGCAGAGUUAGCCCCCCUAUAGAGCCACUAUUGUCUGAGUUAUUCGUGAAAUAUAAGAAUUCAUAUUUUGUUUGUCUAAUCUUGAUAUUUUAAUACUGAGUAACUUAAGGCUAAUAGAUUGAAUUCAUUUAAAGGGAACAUUUCACAAGACUUUUUAAAGAUGUCAAAUAAAUCUUUGGUGUCCCCAGAGUAGUUAUGUGAAGUUCUAGCUCAAAAUAUCAUAAAGAUAAUUUAAUAUAGCAUGUUAAAAUCGCCACUUUGUAGGAGUGAGCAAAAUGUUCUGGUUUUGGGUGUAUCCUUUAAAAUGCAAAUGAGUGGAUCUCUGCACUAAAUGAGAGUGCUAUUGUUGGAAAGUGCAGAUUAAGGGGUGGUAUUAUCCCCUCCUGACAUCACAAGGGGAGCCAAAUUUCAAUGACCUAUUUGCAUGCUUGCAGAGAAUGGUUUACAAAAACUAAGUUACUGGGUUAUUCUUUUACACAUUUUUCAGGUUGAAAAAAACACUGGGGACCCAAUUAUAGAACUUAAACAUUAAACAAAAAAGUCUUGAUUUUCAUAAUUCAUGAAGCCACACUCUUUCACUAAUCUCAAUGUAUUGCAGUGCCUUUGUUUGCUGGUAGGUGUCCCCAAGCACAAACGUGAAACUUUGCCUAUGAUAUUACUGUUGCAUCACAGCAAGGUUCCUGGGUUUAUGACUUUGGGUACUCUGAUUUCCCUUACAGUCAAAUGACAUGAAGGUGAAGUCAAAAAAUAGUUUUGUGAGUGUGUGUCAUCCUGCAAUAGGCCGGCCAUCUAUCCUGCCUGUGCUGUACCCUGCAUGUGGCCCAAGAUGCUGAGAAGAUGUGACAUAAGAAGGUGUACGUAUCCGAUGCACGAUGGCAGCUCCGGCAGUUGUUCCCAGGAAACAUUCACUGAUCAAAGUUGCAUCACCUCUGACUGCUAAAGCUGUCAACCAUGGUCCCACAGUAAAUGGCGUGAAUGCAGAUACUCACCAGAUAAACCCUGAGAGAGAAGUUGAGUUGGUUAAUCACUGUUUUGCUGACAUGGAGCGUUUCAUGGCCCGUCUGCAGCAGACCGCAGAGGCUCAGAGUAUUCUAGAACAGAACAAGAAAAAGAGUCGGAAAAAGAGCAGCAAGAAGAAAAAAGACCAGGAUGAUGAAGUGCUUAGACAAAAGGCAACUCCGCCAUCAGAACAAGAGUUUGUGGAUAUUUUUCAGAAGAUUAAAUAUUCAUUUUGUCUAUUGGACCGCCUGAAAUCAAACAUCUCAGAGCCGUCCUCAGAAGAACUCAUUCACCAUGUCUUCAUUCCUUUGGACUUGAUGGUGAAGACCACAGGUGGACCUACGUUUGCAGCAACAGUUUCCAGCCCUGCACUAACUAGUGGAGCGAUCUCUCUACUACAAAAAAACCUUAAUGCAAACGAGAAAGCACUCUGGACUUCACUUGGACCUUACUGGACCCUGCAAUACUCUAAACUCAAUGAGACUGUGCCUCAAUACACACCUGUGUUUCUGGAUGGUUGGCAGCCUAAGACCAGAGACGCACACGGACUACCGAUCGAGGACCCCAUUGAGUCACAGCAUAAACACGAAGCUCAUAUGCUGACUCAACAGAUGAUUGAUCAGACACGUGCAGCUACACAGGAUGAACAUGAAAGUACUGAAGAUUCAAUGCUUCCUCCAGAAGAAAGGAUGUACCGCUGCAGUUAUGACUUUGUGGCACGAAACAGUAGUGAGCUCUCGGUACUACAUGGAGAAACUCUAGAGGUGUUGCAGUCAUCUAAGCGAUGGUGGAAAUGUCGGAAUGAUUACGGCGAAAUCGGUUUUGUUCCACAUAACAUCCUUGAGCCGAUCAAUCACUCAGAGGUUGAUUCUUCCGUAGUAAUGCGCAACCAUUCAAUGAAAGCUCCUAUCUCUCCCCCAAAAGGUGGAAGGUUCUCUUAUGCUGCACCCAACCCCUCAGGCGAAAAUGCAUACCACCUUAAUUCACGUCCUCAAAGCAUGCCACCAAUGGGAGAUGAUGGAGGAAGAGUAAUGUUGAUGAAUGAUGAGCUCAUGCAGCGAUUGGCCAAUGGGAGACCAUCUGCUCGCCCAGUGGUAAUAAAUAAAGCAAAUGAAACGACGGUACCACUCCACUACCAUUCUUCUCCAAGUGAGGUUCAAGAGUGGCUGAGGGGCAAAGGCUUCAAUGACUACACUGUGAGGAGUUUGGGCAUCCUUACAGGAGCUCAGCUCUUUUCCCUAAAUAAAGAGGAGUUACGCUCUGUUUUACCAGAGGAGGGCACCAGAGUUUACAGCCAGAUCAUGGUGCAGAAGUCACUGCUGGAGGAUGAGAAGAAGGCUACGGAGUUGGAGGCUAUAAUGAAGAAACAGAAGACUAAAGUUGAUUUAAGGGCUGAGGGUGGAGAAUUUUAAUGAAACUGCAUCUCUGUCUCAUUCACUCUCACACAUUCAGACCAGACGCAUUAAAGUAAUAUUUAUGGCACUGCAUUAACAGACCGGUGUGGCAUGAUUCAAGAUCCUGUUAACAAUUAUGAUCUCUGUUGUUUUAUGUCAUCAAUAGCUGCUUAACCUGACAUAGCUACACAACCAUUUUCAUUUAUGUAUUAAAGUUAAUUAUUAAUAAAAAGCACUGGUGGCUA